AUGCCAAUCAAGCUGCCCAAGGGAUUUCAACGACGGAAAUCUUCAGGCCAUGCCUUGGACGAGGUGCGCAACCCUCCCGGCGAAGUUUCCUCCUUCCGAGUUCUGGAGAGGCCAGCAAGCAAAGGAAAAUCGUUCGAUGGCGGCAGACAUUUGAAGAUGGCAUCUGUGGGCGGAGGAGGACUACUGCCGCCGCCAAAAGAUCAGUAUGACCAUGAGGAGGUGGAUUUAUUUGCGGUGGGCCGCCCUGAUGCAAGCAACCGGUACGCGGAGAACACAAUCCAGCUCGAUCAUAUGAGUGGCACGGCACUGACAAGACUGUCUAGGGGAAGUGGUGGCACUGAACGUUCCCACUCGACAGCCCCUAAUGAUAGUGCGGCAUCCUCUGCCCGUCUCAGUACUUCGUCGACGAAUCCCUCUUCCAUUGAUACAAGAUCGGACAAAAACGUCCAAGGAGGCGCUGGAUCAAGACCUAUUAACGACAUUCCCGCGCCGCCGCCCGCUUCGACAAGGCCUGGCUUCCUGCGCAGCCCAGCCAGAACGUUUUCCUUUGGCGUCGUGAAAGGCAGUCGAGGAUCACCCACCUCACCAGUCGGUGCUUUACCCCCACUGAUGGACACUACCAGAAACAGGGCCGUCACGUCAAGCACCGCAAGCACGGCCACGCCUCCCAGACUCUUUGAUACCGAUCUCUCACUGGAGAGUUCCGAAUUGGAUGAGUUCGGAAACAUGUUUGACCAUAUCGGGUCUAGUUCCGACGCGGUCCCGAGCCGGCUUAUACACCAAGAGGCUUCGAACUCUUCUCCUCCUACACAGUAUCCUCCGACCUCUUAUCCAGGCGCUAGUCCCCUCCGUGUCAACCGAGCUCCUCCUCCAAAGCCCAUCUCUACCGAUCGCUCGCAAGUCGUCGAAUCCUCUCCCUAUUCAUGGGCUUCUCACGAUUCCAAUGAUCACUUGAUGCGGUCUCCAAGUCCGUCCAAGACAAUCACUCAAGGAAGUCCCCUAAAGGCCGGGGAGGCUAUCUCACGCCCAGGAAGGUACGGGUCGAUGUCAGAAUCUACAAUCUCUGCAAGAGGCCCCGGAGGCCCACCAUCUCUUACCAAAGAGGACGAACUCCAGCCCUCUCCGAUAAUGCACACCAGGUCUGCGGACAGCAGUAUACCCUUGGCAAACUCUGCUAGGGACGGCCCUGGAGGGUUUUCUCCGAGCUCGACACACAGCGCCACGUUUGACCCCAUUAUUGCUGCGGAUGCCCAGCUUGCCAACAUGUAUCAGGAGAGCAAGCCGGCACCAGUUAAGCCGGUUGCCACGAAUAAAGUCAUGACGCCCGCUCAGUGGGAACGAUAUAAGGAACAAAAGGAGAUGGACCGACGGCUUGGUGCUUUAUCUGAUGACAGUGGUUCCGAGGCGAGCGAUAAUUCCGGAGACGACGACGAUGAUGAGAUUGAACGUGGUCGGCAGGCAGCAAAGCAACGUCGGAAGCAAGAAGCCCACCUCGCUGUGUACCGGCAACAGAUGAUGAAGGUAACGGGCGAAACACCACCCAGUCGGUCAAUGAGCAGUCUGGGUGUUCUUCGCACGGGCGACAAUAGCUCAUCAACGGAUCUCAAUAAUCGCUUAUCACGAAUGACCAUGGACUCUAAGCAGUCUGGUAAGAGUAGCGGAGAAGAGGAGGAAGAAGAUGAGGAUGUACCUCUUGGAAUUCUUGCGGCACAUGGGUUCCCGAACAAGAACAGGCCGCCUACACGCCUUGCCAAUUCCCCUUCGAACUCCAACUUGCGAAGUGUCAGCCAGAACCAGGGGUCUCCGUCUGUGAUCAGCCAAGCUCCUAAAGGUGGUAACUUGCCCGUCUUUGCUCGACAACUGCCUCCCGACCCCUACUAUGGAGCCAGCAUUGUCAACCCUUCAAAUCGUGAAGCUCUGGCUCUUCACCCUACCGCUCCUCCACAAGGAGCUGGUCCUGCAACAGCCCAUCCCAUCCACCCUGCAGGACUUGUCGGCGUUAUUGCUGGAGAAGAACGCGCCAGAGCUGCCCGACGGGGUAGUCCAAACCCGGCUGGCAACUACGAGUUGCCUCCCUUGGGCCCCCAUCCUGGGAUGGUGCGAUCGCAGACCACUGGGACUCUGUCCUCAAUGGCAUAUCCGCCUAUGGGAGUGCCAGGGAUGCCAGGAAUGCCUGGUAUGCCUGGGAUGGGCCCGAUGCUAAGUCCCGGGGACCAAGCGCAGAUCCAAAUGUCCCAGCAGAUGACGCAAAUGAUGCAGAUGCAGAUGCAAUGGAUGCAGCAAAUGUCGAACAUGAUGGCUGGGCCGAUGAAUGCGCCGCAAAACUUACCUCCUCCAGGUCCACAGAACCCUGCAUUUGGAAGACCUCAGUCACUGGCGAUGCAGAAUCCCCCGACACUCCAAGCCAAUCAGCGGACCAUGAGUACUCUCAACCCAAGCAUGGCUCCUUGGAAUAGCCAACCACCGCAAUUGCCGUCCAUCAAUGUCAAUGGGAACUAUGCACCGUCCAUCGCACCCUCUGAGCGUAGCAACAUCGGCCUGGCUUCGAGAUACAGGCCUGUCUCGACCGCUGCGGAGCCAGACGUGAUGUCUACUCAUCAUCGAGCGUCGACGUUUACAUCGACCACUAUGCGACCUUGGUCGUCAAUGGACCAAGCACGCCGAUCGUCCACGCACGCCACUAAGCCUUCCGUGAACACACUCGGCCGCCGAUCCCCGUUGGCAACCCAGGACGAUGAGGACGACGAGCAAGGUUGGGCCGAGAUGAAGAUGAAGAAAGAUAAGAAGCAAAAGACUUGGGCACUCCGAAAAGGGCAGAAUCCGCUCUCGGAGUUAUACGCCAACGCCUCGUAA